AUCGCGUUGAACGUCCUGCAAUGACCCAGGUCACUUUUAAAAUCAUCAGGUUAUUCUUAACAUGAAAAUGGUCACACUCCACAGUUUGUCCUCCUCGGAGUUAAGGGACACUCGCAUUUUUUUUCUCCCAUUGUGUUUCUUGUGUUCCUAUUUAAUUUCUUGUAUUAAUUAUGAUUUAAAAUUCCCAGUGACGUUUAAUUGAUUUUUUUUAUCUAAAUUUUAAUUUUUGGAAAUAAGAAUUUUUUUUUGAAAAUGAGUUAAAAAGUUUUUACAAUUACAGAGGAUUUUUUCUACAUAAUAUAAUUAUUUAGAAUUGUUUGAUAAAAAAAAGGAAAAAUGGCUUCAGAUAUGAAAUCCGAUUCAAUAUUGUCAGUUGAACAAAUGAGUGUAUCGACACAAACAUUUGGUACAACUGAUUAUACAAUUUUUACAAUAAUGCUUAUGGCUUGUGGUGGAAUUGGAAUUUAUUUUGGUUUUGUGAAAAAAUCAAUUGGAGAAGAUGAAUAUCUUGUUGGUGGAAGAAAUAUGAAAACAUUACCAGUGAGCCUUAGUUUAAUUGCAAGUUUUUUUUCCGGUAUUUCAUUACUUGGUAUGCCAACGGAAAUUUAUAUACAUGGAACUGGAUAUUUGUGUAUUGCAUUUGGUGUUAUUAUUGUUGGAUUUGUUAUGUCUAAUGUUUACUUACCAGUAUUUCAUGAUCUUAAACUUACUAGCACCUAUGAAUAUUUGGAGAGACGUUUUGAUAAAAAAAUGAGAAUAUUGGGUUCUGUUCUUUUUACAAUUGGAAUUAUAACGUGGCUUCCAAUUGUUAUUUAUGUUCCAGCUUUGGCAUUCAAUCAAGUUACUGGAAUCAAUAUUCAUAUAAUAACUCCUUUUGUUUGUGUCGUCUGUAUUUUUUACACCUGUGUGGGCGGAAUUCGUGCUGUCGUUUGGACUGAUUUUGUUCAAACUUUUAUAAUGUUUGGAGCAAUGUUAUUAAUUGUUUUUAAAGGCACAUCUGAUCUCGGUGGACUUUCAGUGGUGAUUAUGAGAAAUCUCGAAUCUGGAAGAAUUGAAAUACCCUCAACUGAUUUUAAUCCUUUCACGAGGCAUACAAUUUGGGCUUUAGUAAUCGGUGGAUUUGUUCAUUGGCUACAAAUUUCUGCUGUUAAUCAAAAUAUGAUUCAACGAUAUUUGGCACUUCCAACUCUUCGUUCUGCAAGAAGAGCCUUGUGGUGUUUUAUUAUUGGAGCAUUGUGUUUGAUUGGCAUUUGUGGCUACGCUGGAAUGCUCGUUUACGCUUGGUAUCACGAAUGUGAUCCACUGACUACUAAGCUCGCCAAAGCUAAAGAUCAACUUCUUCCUCUUCUUGUUAUGAAUAUUUUAGGCGAAUUUCCAGGAUUUCCGGGACUUUUUGUAGCUGGAGUUUUUAGUGCUGCUUUGAGUUCAUUAUCCACUGGUCUUAAUUCAAUGGCCGCGGUUAUUCUCGAGGAUUUUAUAAAACCAUAUCGUAAAACUCCAUUCACGCCAAGAGGUGCUGAUAUUUUAAUGAAAUUUACAGUCAUAUUUAUGGGAAUUUUAUGUGUUGGUUUAGUUUUCGUUGUUGAAAAAACAGGCUCCCAUGUUUUACAGUUGUCGACAAGUUUAAGUGCCAUCACCAGUGGACCAUCUCUCGGAAUUUUCAGUAUGGGUAUUUUAAUACCAUGGAUCAAUGCAAAGGGUGCAUUAAUUGGCGGAGUUUCUGGAUUAGGAUUUAUGGGUUGGAUUUGUUUAUCCGCGGAAGCAGCGAUCGCUAGUGGUAAAAUAAGAUUUGAUGAGAAACCAGUUAGCACUGAAGGAUGCACUUAUUCGUUUCAAGAGUCGAAAAAUCUUUUAUUAUUGGUGCCACCGGAAACAAUUAUGGACUCAGAACCUUGGACACUUUAUCGUUUGAGUUAUUUGUGGUAUACAGUAUUGGGCGCAAUGGUAACAAUGAGCGUUGGUCUUGCAAUUAGUUUAAUUUCAUCGGAAGAUAUUAAUAAAUUAGAUCCCAUGUUAAUGGCACCAUUUAUUCGAAAAUAUCUCAAAAAAGACAAACAGGAUCUUGAUCACGUCAAGAUUGCAAAAUCAGAAUUAAAAGUCAACAGUGCUUCUGGAAUUUCUGAUGAUAGUAGAAAAAUUGAAAGUACGUAAAAAACAAAUCAAGGACAUUUUUUUUUUUUU